UCGGGGAUCUAUGUGUGCGCGUCGCGUCACGCCCCGCUGCCGUGGCUGUGGUUGCGACCCUGGAGGAGGAGGCAGAGGGGGGAAGCACCGUGGAAAACGUCGUCCGCUCGCCCGCGCCUCCGCCGCCUCAUGCCGUGGCGCCGUCCUUCCGCCAGCCCGGGAACCUGCAUGGUCGGGCAUGGGGAGCGCUGUGCCCUCCCGCGCCCCCAGGGCUGAGGCGCCGCUCGCCAUUCUGCGGCGGCUGCUCGCCGCACUGGGGCUGCUGCUGCUGCUGGGCGCAGGUGACUGUGAGCUGCACACAUCUUGUGGAAUCCAGAAGUGCACCACUGAUUUUGUAUCCUUUACCUCACAUCUAAACGCAGCUCUUGAGGACUUUGAUUUGGAAUUCUGCAAGGCCCUGCGGGCAUACUCUGUGUGUACCUAUCGCAAUGCCAAAGUAUGCCGUGGAAACCUAGUCUACCAUUCUGCAGUGCUUGGGAUCGGUGAUCUCAUGACCCAGAGAAACUGUACCAAAAAUGGACCCAUAUCCUCCACCAACUCUGAAAUGACCCAUGAUCUUUGCAACUACAGUGGCCACACAGAAGCAAGAGAACAUCAGGGGGGAGAGGAGAUACCUCCUCCUACUUACCUGUUUUGUGGUUUGUUUGGGGAUCCUCAUCUGAGGACUUUUAAGGAUCACUUCCAGACAUGCAAAGUGGAAGGUGCUUGGCCCCUCAUAGACAAUAAAUACUUAUCAGUGCAAGUGACCAAUGUGCCUGUGGUCCCAGGAUCCAGCGCUACUGCUACAAACAAGAUAACUAUUAUCUUCAAAUCAUACCAAGAUUGUACAGAUCAGAAAGUAUAUCAAGCAAUGACUGAUGAUUUGCCUGCAGCUUUUGUUGAUGGUACAGCAAGUGGAGGAGAUGAGAACACCAGGGGCUUGCACAUUGUGGAGAAAGUCAGUGGCAAAUAUAUUGAGAUGCAUGCAAGGUACAUCGGAACCACAGUGUAUAUCCGCCAGCUUGGGCACUACCUGACCCUGGCCAUUCGCAUGCCCCAGGAGUUGAUCAUGGCCUUUGAGGAGAGCCAGGAUCUGCAGCUGUGUCUGAACGGCUGCCCUUCCAGUGAACGUAUUGAUCAGAGUGGCUACUUGCCAUUGCCUGUGAUGGGAAAGCUGCUUCCUUGGGGUACUGCAUCUCAUCCCCGAUCAGGGUACACACUGGAAACAGCCACCACCAAAUGCCAUGAGAAGAUGCUUGUGAAGGACAUCUAUUUUUACUCAUGUGUAUUUGAUCUACUCACCACUGGCGAUGACAACUUCACGGCUGCUGCUCACAGCGCCUUGCAGGAUGUGGAGGCACUGCACCCCAGCAAAGAGCACUGGCAUAUCUUUCCCAGGAGUGGAAAUGAUGGUGUGGGCAGGGAUAGCAAAUUCUUUGUCAGUCUUGGACUUCUAUGCUUGAUCCUUGUUCCAUAUUUGUACGAUUUUUUUAGACUCUUAACAAAAUUUUGAAAUAUAUAUUGUCAUAAUAUAUUGAGUUAAGAGGAAUAUGUAUGUAUAUACCAUGUAUAUGAAGGAAUGUUUUGUCUUGCGGCAUCAAUCAGAUAGGAUGUUCACUGUUUUCAUGUAUGUUUGAUUCAGUAUUCUAGGUAUCUCUUUGUUUUACAGUUGUUGAAAAGUUUUAUAGUGUCCCUGCAUUGAGACCUGAUAAAAAGCACUUUAUUUUUCACACAUUAAAUAUAUAAGUGUGUACCUCAGUAACUAUGUGUUACACAGUGCUCUCUUUUCUCUAAGUACUACUUGGUUUAACACAUUUUUUAAACUGUUUUCCCAAGAGACCUUUAGUUAAUGCCAAACAUUUAUCUUUUGAAGUUAGUGAAUGGUCUCUGGAGAGAGCUUAAACUUAGAGGGAACACCUUUUUUUAUUUUUUUUUUAUUCUCUCUCUUAUUAUUUUUAUUGUAAUGCAACAGGCCCUCCAGUUGUCUGUAUUCUAGAAGGCUACAGAUUUAUGGUUUUUUCAUGCUUGGAAACAAUGUAUCAAUCUUUGCAAAAAGUUGUAGGUGUGAUUCAUUAGCAUACCAGUAAGUAUUUGUGCGUGUGUAAUAGAGUGGCUGUGCAGUGUGUAAAUAUUUUAAAUUAUUAUAAUAGAAGAACAGUUGUUGUGUCCCAUCCCUGCCCCUGCUGAGGAAUGUCAGUAAGGUGGUGUAAGUGACCCCUGAUGGGGUGCACAGAAAUUGGAUACAUAGACCAUGUACUGGGCAGGUAAUCUAUAAACAAACUCUCAGUUUGUCUCCUGGCCAAACAGGAUGGAUAGGAUACUGGAUAGCUAUGUGCCAAAUACAGUUGUUAUGCUUCUUGCAGAUGCUUGUUUCCCUCUGUUAUAUAGGAUAUGUAAAUUUAUGACCAGCAGCUGCAAAACAGGCUAGUUUAUUGAAAAAGAUGAGUUUAUUGAAAGAGAUGAGGGAGGUAAGAUGAGGAACCAUUCCCUCAAGAUCAACAACUCCCAGUUGUACAGUUCCUUUGUGGUGUUUGCAGAGAUACAAGAAUUUUAACACAGGGAUCUGUGUUACUUCUGCAUCCCUCCUGAGAGACAUUAUAAAAAUCCUCUUUUCAAGUUAUUGGAGAACUCUCAGACCAGAAGAACCCCAGAACAGAAAAUUAUUUUCUGUAAAACUGAAGAAGAGAUGGGGAAAUUUGAAUAAAUUAUACAGAAAAGUCAACAAGAUUACAGAACUUAGUGUAACAAGGUGAUAUGUUAAAUAUUUAUGGAGUAUUUCAGCUGCCAGGCUAAUCACACUGUGUAUAGGCAAAGUGCCAAAACUUAUAAGAAGUUAGGUCAGAUACAUACAAAGAAAUACAGACCUAAUAAACCUAAUCACAACUGUGAAUAUUGGUUCACUAAGCUUGUAUUUCAACUGGAAGUUGAAGUGUGUGAGAAAUAAUCUUAUCUGGAAGAUGAAUGAGUCAAACGAGUUGUGGAAAUUGCCAUAGAAGGCAAAAUGUGCUUUAAACAUGUAUAUGUUUACUGUACACAGAAGGCAGCUGUCAUAUCAGUGGGAGCUUUCUCACAGGUGUCAGUCUAACACCACAAGCUCUGGAGAAGGCUAUGUAAUGUGAUCAUCCAUUGGUAUUGUAAUGCAACAACCAGUCAGCCAUUACUGAUGCUGUUUGCUGGGUGUUCUCUUAAGCUACCUUGGGUAUUGACACUCAAAAGGGUUUUUGAGUAUCUUCUAGAACUGUCCUAAUUAUAUGCUAACAGAGCUUCUAAUAACAGGUGAUUAUAGUUCUCUGUAGUUGUGGAGUCUGACUUCUUCCUUAGUGAGCAUGUUGCAGGACUGGCAGAGACUGUAUGCCUAAUCCUUUAUUUUGUGUGUACAGAAGGCUCCUAAAUAAGGGUAUUAUAAAAAGAAAUAGUAGGCUCAAUUGCGUGUCAAACCAAAGAUUAUUUUUUUCUUCCUGGAGGACUUGUCUGGAAUGUGCAUAGAGCAUCUGUUAAGUGGAAUACAACCGGAAAGUACAACCUUUUCUUAUGGGUCAAGUUACAGACCUUCAGUAUUGCAUUUCCUUUCAGACUACUGCUGUACUACCAGAAAAUAGGAUACCAAUUAUUUACAUUCUCCUACUUUAGUGUUAUGACUACUAUGCCUUUGUUGUAUGAGUUUUGAGGCUGUGCCAGUGUCUGUUUACUUAUAUAUACUCCAAAGUGAAGCAAGCAAUUCUGCAAGCUUUGAACUACCUAAUGAGAGUUUCAUUACUGGACAUGUUUUGAAAAAAAGCCUAGGAGCAUUAUGGCUUUCUUCUCUUCUGAGAAGAGACACAGAGCACAGUUUAAAAUCUUGCAUUCAUUUUGUCAUAAAGGUACAGCUAUUGUCUGAAAUUUUCAUGCUCUGGUUAUUUAAUGCCCAUCUGUGUCUUGACUGAUAUAAAUUAUUUAGUGUCUUUCCCUGUUCCAGUUAUACAAUAUCCAAAUGGGACUAGUAGCAAUUCCCUUUUUUUAGCAGGUAUUGUGUGUUUUUUACAAGGUAAGUAUUCUCUGUACUGUGCUGCUACUUCUCUUCAAUUGUAUUCAAAACAAACAGGGAUUGUGGGGAUCAGUGUUGUGCAUUAGAUUUUAUAGUUCUCAUUAAUUACCUUGUUAUGGAGAGCAACAUAGCUACAGAUUGAGUACAAGUAUGCAGGUGAAUUUGUGAUGCUGAUGUAAAACAACUGCAUCUGAUCUGAUUCAGAAUUCUUUAUGUUUGUAAAUGAACUUUGUUGACAUUAAAAGCUGCUAUUACUAAA